UAUCUGGUGUGUAAGCGGAAGCUGGAAAGUAAAAAAGAGGCAUUGCUAAUCCUUUCCAAAGAGCUGGACACUUGUCAACAGGAAAGAGACCAAUACAAGCUUAUGGCCAACCAGCUGCGGGAACGACACCAGUCUCUGAAAAAGAAAUACCGGGAGCUGAUUGAUGGGGACCCAUCUCUUCCCCCUGAAAAGAGGAAGCAGGCAAAUCUUGCUCAGCUACUGAGUGAGGCUCAAGAUCGAAACAAACAUCUUGGUGAAGAGAUUAGAGAGCUUCAACAGAGACUGGGAGAAGUAGAAGGGGACAAUAAGCUCCUUCGAAUGACAAUAGCAAAGCAAAGACUUGGAGAUGAAGAAGUUGGGGCUCGCCACUUUGCAGCACAUGAGCGGGAAGACCUUGUUCGACAACUGGAGAAAGCUCGAGAGCAAAUCGAGACUCUGAGACAUGAUCUUCAGUCUGCAUUGGAUGAGUUACAGGAUGUGAAAGAAGAACGCUCUUUUUACCAAGAUAAGGCUGACAGACUAAACCAAGAACUUAAUCAUGUCUUAGGAGGGCAUGAAAACCGUAUAAUCGACAUAGAUGCUCUGUGUAUGGAGAACAGGUAUCUUCAGGAGAGAUUAAAGCAACUUCAAGAGGAAAUCAGCCUUCUUAAGUCUAAUAUUGCUAAAUACAAGAAUGCACUAGAGAGACGAAAAAAUUCAAAGACUCAUAGUAGAUCCAGUAGCAGUGCUCUGACUGGAGUCCUUUCUGCAAAGCAAGUCCAAGAAUUGUUGUCGGAGGAUCAAGGCUGUAGCCUGCCAGCCACACCGCAGUCCAUUUCGGAUCUCAAAUCACUUGCCACUGCAUUGCUGGAGACUAUCCAUGAGAAAAACAUGAUCAUACAACAUCAAAGGCAAACCAACAAAAUUCUAGGUAAUCGAGUGGCAGAACUGGAAAAGAAGUUAAGAACUUUGGAAAUUGCUGGCUUGUGGAGUCUUCCAGGCCUGAGCUACAAUGUCUCAGUGGGAUUUGGGAGUGGAAAGGAUACUAUAACAUUCAGUGAUCCAACCUUGCCUGUUAUACAGCGGUCUAGGUCACCGUUGUUAGCAUUUACGGACAAGCCACAGCAAACUGAAGUACAAGAACAGAAGGGAGAACAUGAUGAAACUUGUGCUGUUGCAAGAGAGCUGAUGGCUUCAGAGGAAACUGAUAAGGAUUCUGUCAAUUCCCCAACAAACUUAAAUAACAGUAACCAAAAUAAAAAUUUUUGUCCUUCGUUACCCCAGUUACCUUCUGAGGAAGAAGAAAUAAGCAGGCUUGGAAGUCAAAUAAUUAAAUUGACAGAAGAAGAGGCCAUCGUGAAACUGGAAGGGAAGAGAACAGAAAAUUCAUUGGGGGGGCUGAACACAGUGGUUGGAUCAGAGCGUAAUGGUUCGUCUCAGGGGGAGCUCCCUUUAUCCAGCCCUGACCCAUCCGAGCCCACAGAUCCCUCAAACUCAGAGAGUGAACAGGCAGCUGAAACUGAGGUCCUGAAAGACAAUGAUGAAACCUCAGAGAGCGAUUGUGAAAUUAUAAAUGAAAGAGGGAAUCAAAAUAGCAGCACUGUGGGUGUUGAGGACCCUGGAAGGCACGGAGGUCUCAGUGCUACAUCUGCACACACAAAUAACAGCUUUGAGGAGCUCCCUGAAUCUGAAGGCAAGAAACCAUGUGAUCCUACUGAAAACUGUGAAUAUUUGGAUAACAGUUUGGCUUGAGGUAUGAAGUCCAAGCCCUCGAGCUUCUCCCAGUCAUCCUCUUGCAGUGCAAGCUGUGCUGCUGUGAAUGUGGAUAGUUACUGGAACAGUGUGUCAUAGGGUUGAUUUUUACAUCAGUCUGUUAAUAUUUGUCUAAUAAUGGUGUUUUUGUGUUAGUUUUGGCUAUAGUCUACCAAAAAUAUAGAUUACCUAAGGGAAGGAACUUGAAGCUGAUGAGGUUUGAUCAUGUUGUUUGUAAUGAUUUGAAGUUUCUAGAUAGGUUGACAUAGCUUACAAUAAUGUGGUGAAGAGACCAGUGAUGAUAACGUAUCAUGCCAUGUCAUCACCAGGCUUCUGUAGUGUGUAUGGUCUUAGGGCUGGACUGUAUUUUGGUGGCUAGAAAUGCCUUCCAAAGAUGAAAAAUUUGAAAUGCAGGCUUUUGUUCAUUUCUGCAUUCUGUUUCUCUACGUAGUGACUCUUAAGUACAUACUUGGAAUAAAAUCACUUAUUCCUUAAUAGGAAGCAAAAUAUUUUCUGAAUAUCAUCUCUGCAUGUAUGUAGUUCCCUCAUUUCCAACCUUAAUAUAUUCUCAAUUGUGUUAAAUUUUUCCUUCCCUCCCCCAGCUUGUCUCAGGAAAAUACAGGGAGUAUACUGAGAACCCAGUUUAAUGGAGCUCUGAAGGAAACCUCACCAGAGAAGCUAAAAGUCUUUCCGUGAGAUACGGCAAUGCUGUUCCAAAACGAGGAGAACAGCAAGAUGAGGACCAGCGAUGCCCUGUCCAACUGCUUGGCUUUCUUAAUGCCACUUACAGGAUUGCAUUCCUCAGCCUCCAGGCAUUGGAGCAGCCCUUGGGCUGCGUGACGGGCAGUGGAUUCCAGCCUACUCUGCUUCAUUUCUACCCUUGUUUUUAAAGGAAUCUGGGUCUUUUUAUUUUCUUCUGGUUUGGAAUUAAGGAUAACUCUUCCUUUCCUCCGCAUUUCACCAGUCUUUGGUACAGCAGAAGGCUUACCUCAUUUGUUGUGGCUUUCUUAUACUUCUUCCCUUGUUGAUGUUUAGUCAUAAGAAAACAUUCCAAUAGUAACUGGGGAAGGAGGAGGCUGCUGUGCCAGUCCCCAGCUCCCUACUGGUGCUGGAGCUGUGCCACUCUGCUUCCAGAAAGGCAGCAACAAGGG